AAAGCUGUUUAAAACUCCGGCUCCGGCGGCGGCCCGCGUAGAUGGCAGCGGCGGCGGCGGCGCGGGCCGGGGACGCCAGGCGCAGGCUGCCAUGCAGCACUAUGGGGUGAGCGGCUACUCCCUGCACGCCAUGAACUCGCUCAGCGCCAUGUACAACCUGCAUCAGCAGGCCGCCCAGCAGGCCCAGCACGCUCCCGACUACCGGCCGUCGGUGCACGCGCUUACACUGGCGGAGCGCCUAGCUGACAUCAUCUUAGAGGCCCGUUAUGGCUCCCAGCACCGCAAACAACGUCGUAGCCGCACAGCAUUCACAGCCCAGCAGCUGGAGGCCCUGGAGAAGACCUUCCAGAAGACUCACUACCCAGAUGUGGUGAUGCGAGAGAGGCUGGCCAUGUGUACCAAUCUGCCUGAGGCCCGAGUGCAGGUGUGGUUCAAGAACCGCAGGGCCAAGUUCCGAAAGAAGCAGCGCAGCCUGCAGAAAGAGCAGCUCCAGAAGCAGAAGGAGGCCGAGGGCUCCCACGGAGAAGGCAAGGUGGAGGCCCCAGCCUCAGACACACAGCUGGAGGCACAGCAGCCUCCCAGUCUGCCCAGUGGUGAUCCCCCUGCUGAGCUUCAGCUGAGCCUGUCCGAGCAGUCAGCCAGUGAGUCAGCCCCUGAAGAUCAGGCGGACCGAGAUGAGGACUCCCGGGCUGGGGUCGAGGAGCCUAAAGCUGAAAAGAGCCCUGGAUCUGAGAGCAAAAUGCUGGGCUGCAAGAGGGGCAGCCCGAAGGCAGAUUCCCCAGGCAGCCUGGCUAUAACUCCUGCGAACCCUGGGGGCAGCCUCCUGGGCCCAUCCCAUUCCUACUCCUCAUCCCCGCUCAGCCUCUUUCGUCUACAGGAGCAGUUCCGCCAACACAUGGCAGCCACCAACAACCUGGUGCACUACUCCUCUUUUGAAGUGGGCGGUCCGGCCCCCGCUGCCGCCGCGGCCGCAGCUGCUGCGGUGCCCUACCUAGGUGUCAACAUGGCCCCACUGAGCUCCCUGCACUGCCAGUCCUACUAUCAAUCCCUGUCAGCAGCUGCUGCUGCUCAUCAGGGGGUCUGGGGGUCCCCAUUGCUGCCGGCGCCCCCCACAGGCCUGGCGCCUGCCUCCGCUGCCCUGAACAGUAAAACCACGAGCAUUGAAAACCUUCGCCUCAGGGCCAAGCAGCACGCUGCCUCCUUGGGACUUGAUACGCUCCCCAACUGACUGUCUGGCUUCCAACCCAGUCAUGGUCUUAGGUGUUCCCCCAUCUCAGCCCCGUGGUUAUUCCCAGAAGGCUCUCCAAGUUGUCCGAGAACUAAGUCUGAGAGCCCAGGGGUGCUGGGGCCUGGAGUCCUCUCCCCUUGUCUCCCUUCUUCAGAGUCCCAGCACCAAGUGAAACACACACCCCCUCUGCAUGGCCCUGCUUGGACCCCGUGGAGGUCAGAUGGGGAGGAGGUGAACACCUGGCUACAUCCCCUCCUCAGGCUUACCUCCUCCCUCCUGGCCCUCCCCCCUAGUAAGUUGAUGUGUGGAAUGUGAGAUAUAAAUAUAAAUAUAUAAAACUAUAUUUUCAGGCAUCGCCUGCCCCAGGCCCCUUCACCUGCUCUCGCAUUGCAUUGCCACUGCUAACCUUACCUCUGGAGUUUACUCCAGAGUGCGUGUUCUCUCGUGUUCUCUCUCUCUCUCUCCCUCCUCCUCUUGAUUUUUCUCCCAGCCUCACUGCCUCUGUCUUGAUCCUUGUCUCCCUGCCUAACCUGGAUCUAACUGCUAGGCCUUCCCUCUGCCUCCAUUUUCUUCUUUUGAUGCUGGAUGUAUUAGUGUCCUGUAUUCUCAAGCAGUGUUUUGUUUGGGUUGUGGUUUUGGUUUUAGUCAUUUUAUUUCUUCCUGUUUCUCUUCUGCCCUGCUUUCCUAUCUCCUCCCUUAAUUUGAUCCCCUUCUAGGCAGCUCUUCCACCCUGUGCCCCAAGAUUCAACAAAAUUCUUCUUGGGAAGACCCUGGAGCAACAGGCAGAUGGCCCGCAGCAUCUCCCAGACACUAGGAGGAGCUCACAGUCCCCUUUUCUCUCUCUCUAGCUUGGAAGUAAUGGCUCCCCAGAUCAUAGAGGGGGAGGGGGGAGGGGCAGCAUUGAUUAGGCUGGCCAUAGAACAGCUGACAUCACUGCAGGGUUUUAGAGUUCCCAAUAAGUGAGGGAGGCCACAGGGCAACCAUGCUCUCAGGAUUUGUUGGCUUCCUGUCCCAGAGGCAGCUGUGGGAGCAGGAGCUUCUGUCCAGUGAGUCACUGGCUUGGUAAGGUAUGUUCUUAUAUCUAGGCAACCCUGCUCUGCAAACCCCCUUUCAGGGUGGUAGGACAUUGGACAGGCCUGGUACUUUCUGGGACGGGCUUGUCUGGAUGAGACAACUUAUGAGAUUCUGUUCAUUUCCAUCCACCCAGCGUUCUGUUCACGCAGCCUUGUAGGGACAAGGCUUUAAGUAAAUUUAGUGGCAACAACUACAGCACAACACUUAGAGAAGCCCAAUGUGUAAGUUAGAACAUUACUGUCGUUUUGCUGAGGAACAGUGGAUCCUUCAUACCUGAAGCUCUCUGUGGAUACUGCCUCAGUUUCCCAGGAAAUGUGUGCUCCAUUUCCAUGCCCAUGGUGGUGGGUGGGCAAGAUGACUUGGAUAGAUUCCUGGUUAUGGUUUCCCAACCCUUUGGCUUGCCACUGAACCCUCAACCCCACACUUAGUGGUGGCCUGGCAUGGCUGGCCUACAGAGCCAACAGUGCUCACCUUAGUAAGGUCAGUAUGGACAGGGGUAGGAGGCUUUGGUCAGUAAAAAGUAGGGAGGGCAAUAGCCUGAGCCAGGGAAAGCAUGAAGCAAAUAGGAGAGGUGAGCAUGAGUGGGCCAUUGAAGAGGAGGUGACUGACCUCAGGAGAGGUGGGAUAGAAAGGCCUAGAAUGCAGCCUAAUAUUCCCACUUCCACGCAGCAAGCACCAAAGGCAGGCAGCUGAAAGUCUGAAUAAGGGGUAUUCUCCUGGGGUCUGGGAUCUGGAAGGCGAGUCCAAAGCCAUGCGAACAGCAGAGGGGGGGAGACUUGGCCAGGGAGAUGAGAGGUUAGCAAACCCUUAGGGAGUCUGAGGGGUUCUGGGUUGGGGGUGGCCCGGUGGCCCACGGUUAACCAGUUGUGGUUAGCUUCAGGAAAUUAUGUUUCUGGAAUACCCCAUCUGGGACCAGGCACAGGGCUGAAACAGUUUGUCUAUUCCUGGCUGCAAAUGACUGUCCCUGGGACUUGGGAUGCGACAUCUGUAGGCACUAGCCAUUUCCCCAGAAGCUUCCCCCAUCUCUUAAGGAUCAAGGCCUCCUGGAGUCCUAUUCUGUCAUGGCAGAAGCCAGGCUGACCCUAGGCUUUUCGAAACUCCCUUCGAUCUUUGUUCUCUCAAUCUGCUGACCCAAACCCACAAGGCCAGAGAACGAAGAAAAGACACACGUGGGUUUUACCCUCAGGGAUCUCAAGGUAUUUAGGGUACCAGACUCAGAUACUCAAAGCAGCUGAAAGAGAAGGGGUUGGUGGGGAGAGAGAACCAUGUCUCCUUGGGAGGAUUAGAGGACACAAUUCUUUGGAGGAAUUAGAGGGCACGAGUGUGGCUGGGCUCACCUCCCUGACAAUGCUGAUGGAAUGUCUCCCAGGCCUGCUGGUCUCUGAGGGCAGAGAGCCUGCCGACCAAACCCUUAUCAGCCCUUCUAGAAAAAAGUCCUGCAUCUCUCUGCUCCUUCCUGUUUGAGCUCUCCUCCUCCCUGCUUCCUUCCUUCCCUAGAGCAUGGUCCGGGGGCCUGGUUCCUCACCUCCUAUGUAGAGGCUGACUGGCCACACGGACUGCUUUACAGACCAGCUGUUUUGUGACCAUUUGUGCUUAGAGGUUGUGCCAGCCUGUGGCGAAAAUACCGUGUAUUGUAUUUAUUUAUUCUGUUAGUGGAAGAAACAAAACUCCAGCCACUCGCUUUCCCUUGUUCUGCCCCUGCGUAGCACAGCAUGAUGCUCUGUCCUGUGUAUCUGUCAGUCUUUUGGCCUUACUUCCUGUGACUUUGUGACCUGUUCUUUGUCCUGAUUGGCUAAUAAAAGAGAACC